CUAAGAUGGCGGCGGAGAGGACAACAAUAGGGUGCGGGUUUGGAUACUACCGGUGGCCGUGGCUGCUGUGUCUUCUGUUGGAGUUUUGAAUUUACCAGGACAUACGUUUUUUUGUUCAGGACAUUGGAGGAGGCUAAGCGGAAGUUACUCCACCAUCUAAGCACAUUUUUGGCUUGUGGAAACGAGUAUUCUGUGUUCCAAAACGUAUUAGAAACAGGCCGGGAGUUAGAUAACCGUGCAUCUAAAUCAAGGAGUAUUUGUAAAGUUUACACCUCACGUUAAUACUAAGGAUUCUGAUUUGAUCCUUCUCAUACCUCAUCUUUAUUACAGUAUCACAGACGGGUGUUUAGAGUAUUGCAACUCCGACCCCUUCUUUUCAUCCGUUACAAAAUUACAUUGAAUUUUGACUGAGGUUGUAUUAAAAACUUUUCCGGGAGUUUUAUGCAUAGGACGUAGGCUGCCUGCGGACUGGGGAUCUUAGUUUUGUGAAACGGGAGUUGGCUUUGAUUGGAAAUAAAACUACAUUCUAAGUUUCAAGUCAGUUCAUGUGCAUCGAAAAAGUUGACAUUCUGAAGAAACGUGUUUUGAAACAUUGUUACAACUAGGCUAAUCCAUUGAUUUUUUUUUUUUUACCAAAAUGUGACAAUUCCCUUCCAGUUAACGAGCUUUCUACUUCAGUUUGCUCUAGAGGCAAGGGUCUUCAUAUCCAGCUGUUUGUUAGGCAGGAACCCCGUGGCUUAACAAGACUAGGUUAAAAGAUGACAGCUUGGAAUUACUUUGGACUUCGGAUACAGGACAGAUUUUGAUUCAUUACAAAUACAAAUCUGUUGGUUAUUAUUGUUUACCAAUCUGUUAGAAGCUACUUGCCUGGAGUAUCCCCUUCCUUUGUGGUUCAGGUUCUAAUGCGGAUCAUGUUGUGUUAGUAGCUAUCAUCACUUGCAGCUUCAGGUUCGUUCUUCGUGGUAUACUAGUUUAAGGAUGGCUGAUUUUGUUGUCCAGCGGCACAGCGCAGUCAUGGAGCGUCUUCGCCGGCGAAUCGAGAUGUUCCGGCGGCACCACAAUGGCUGUGAGGCACGAUAUGAGGCAGUGACAGCCGACCGUCUCGAAAUUGAGCGACAGCAAACAUAUAUGCUGCACCAACGCUUCCAACAGACUAAAGCCAAACGAGCCAAACACCGACAGCAGCAGCCAUCGACGCAGCAACAUCCUGCUACGGGAGAGUCCAAUGGUUUGCGGUGUAAUCCCAUGGCAGGAGCUGGCAGUGAAACUGGCGAAGUUGCAGGCGUGGAACAGACAAGGAGCAGCAGCAGCACCUUGAUUGCGCUGCAUGAGACUGUGAAAAAGAAGUUAGAAAGUGCUGCCUCUCCUCAGAAUGGUGACCAGCAGAAUGGAUAUGGAGAUAAUUUUUCAGUACCUAAGAAAAUGCGUCUUGAUGAACAAGUAGGUGGGGUGAAUGGAUCCUCCACUGGAAAAUCCGUUUCUCCUUUGCACCACCUGGACAGUAAACCUCCAAAUAUUGAUACCAUUCAGCUCAAUGGUAAUCAUUCACUGGGAAUGGAUGCUACUAGCAAAAACAAUUGCCUUUCAGAUAAUCUCCAAAGACUUGAUGAUGCUGAUGGAUAUUGUAUGGUUAAGCAAGAACCAAUGGAUGGACUUCCUUGUAUGAUUUCUGGGACAGGAGGUUCCAUGACUCAAAACAUACUGAUGCCUGAACUAAAUCUUAAUGAGCAAGACUGGAAGGAACUUAUUGAAGAACUUAAUCGAUCAGUACCUGAUGAAUACAUCAAUGACUUGUUUACUGAGGAGUUUGAAGAAAAGAAGGACACAGAGUCUUCUGCUUCUGCUGCUCAGACUCCUCUUCCUCUGGAUAUUGUAAAUAUUAAAACCGAGUUUUCUCCAGCAAAUAGUGAACCGGAGCAAAGGGGAUCUCCUCAGAUGAGACCUAAUCAGCCUGGAUCUUCAUUCUUGAAUGCACCCUCAGUCCCAGUCAGUGCUGCCUCACCUGUGGUAGGAAAUUCUCAACCUUUGCCUCAAGCUCCUAAUCAGAUUGCAAAUCAAACAUUUCAUCAGCCUUCUUCACAAGGGCCAAAGCAACCACAGCCUGGACAGCGAGCCACUUCUGGCAUCACAGUUCCUGGACAGAGUACUGGAUCUUCUAAAGAGAUGACUCCAGCUCAACAGCUUCAGCAGAUAGCCGCAAAACAGAAUAGAGCUCAGCUGAUACAAAACCAGCAACAGGCUCAAAAAUUUAAUCAGUCUAGCCAUGUUCCCAACUGGGCGCAAUCUGGUCCUUCUCCAAAUACACUAGGCGGGCCAUUUGUGAUGGAGAAGUCAAAUAGCACUUCAGUUUAUCAACAAGACUUUAAUAAUCCCAAACUUAUAAACUCUGGUAUGUCAGCUAAAAGUUCAUCUAGAUCUGGAAACAAUUAUGUGCAACUAAGCCAUGUUAAUAUGCUCAGUCACCAGUCUAGCAACCUAAACCAGAACCCUGUGAGUAAUCAGAAUUCCAUGCUGAAUUAUGGUAACACAAAACCUCUGACACAUUUUGAGGUAGACUGCGGGCAAGAAGUAACACAGCCAAAUCAAAAUAAAGCAGCUUUGUUGGCUUAUUUGCAGCAACAACAACGGCAGCCACCUCAAUUGUCUCGUGUAAUUGAAGAACAAAAGCGAUUGUUGGUUAAGCAAAAGACUGGACUGAAUUACCAGACCUUGGUAUCACAUAGUCAGGAUCAGAAUACAACUCCAAAUGUCACUCGUGUUCCUGUGUCUGUCCCUGGCCCUAAUGUUGGCACCCAACCUCCAGUUAGUUCGAUUUCUGGUAGCCAUGGAAAUGCAACAUAUCUUGCAAAUCAACAACAAGCAGCUUUGAAACAUCAGAUGCUUUUGGACCAACAAAAGCAGAGAGAGCAGCAGCAACACAUUAUACUGGAACAGCAAAAACACCAGUACAUUAUGGGACAAAGACAACAGUUGUUGGCAGAACAGGAAAAGCAGAGACAGCAGCAAGAACAGCAACUUCAGAGGCAUCUGACUCGACCACCUCCUCAAUAUCAGGACCAGCAACAAAAUCCGUAUCAGCAGCAGGUCAACCAAUUUCAAGGAUCAUCACAAGGACAUCCGAAUGUUGGCAGCCUAGGACCAGCAGCCUCAAGCAGUCCGAGAAUGUUUCCACAGAACCAAGGCAUGAUGCAGAUGAGCCAGAAUCAGAGCCAAAACACUCUCCCACCCAAUCCUUCAACUUCUACUCAGCAAGAAAUGAUGGCUGCACCAUAUGCUAACAUACCGAAUGUUCAGCAGGGAGGAAUAUAUAAUUUAGGUUCAAGUAUAAACCAAAUGCUUACCCCUACAGCACAGAACUCUAUGAAUAAUGGACAGGCCCAGAUUCAGAGACAGUCUAGUAUUGGUCAGAGUGGCACUAUGCCUCCGGGAUAUGGACAAAAUCUCUUGGGCAACUCUAACCUAACUCAACAGCACAACAAAGGACCUGUAAAUCCUUCGUUGGCUAAGCCUCAGUUGGCAAGAAUGCCAGCACCAGUGGGAGUACAGAACUCAUCCUGGCAGCACCAGGGUAUUCAAAACAUGAACAGUCAAACACAAGGAAAUAGUACUUUAGGAGCUUUUAAUGCAUCAUCCAGUUUCCAUUUGCAGCAGACACAUCCCAAAAUGUCAGGUCAGCAGUUUACCCAAGGAAUGUCUCAGACUGGUCUCAGCACUGCAAGGCCAGUAACAUCGAUUAAUACAUCUGUUACUGGACAAAUAAUUUCAUCUCUAAAUGGACCACAAAGGACAAACAGUUCUGCACAGCAGCAACAGCAGGUUAUUCCUGGUGUGACACAAACUGUUCCAGACACCACCAAUUUUGCUCAAACUUCUAACCAACAAAUGGCCAGUAGAGCCAGUAUACACUGCAGUCAGAGCUACCAGGUAAGAACACCUACUCAGGAUCUGGCUUUUGGUUUCAGUAGCCAGACGGCCAGCACAGGCUUGCAGAGCUUGCCUGGAGAUGCAGAACUUAUGGAUUCUUUAUUAAAAAACAGGACUACUGAAGAAUGGAUGAAUGAUUUAGAUGAGUUCUUAGGAACUCACUGAAAACUUCAAAGACAUUUUAAAACUGUUAAUAAUUUUGUUUCAUAUUUGGACCAAAAGGCUUAUGGCAUUAAUAAGGAUUUGUGCUCAUCAAAAAUAAAUGGCUGGGAAAUGAGAA